UAUGAAACAAAGUUUCCUAAAAUACAACAAAAAAAAGUUUUAAGCUGUGCCAAAUGUUCCUCGUUUGUUUUCUGAAAAAGCUAUGGCUUUCGCAACAACUUAGAAAGCACUGUCUGUUAAGCCAUAUCAGUUAUCUGUGAAAGAAGAACACAAGAUGUCUCAUAUUCACACAAGGACUCCGGACAUGAUUCGCGAGACAUGGAGCGGAAAAGCGGAUUUUUUGCUCUCCGUUAUUGGAUUUGCCGUGGAUCUCGCGAAUGUUUGGCGUUUUCCGUACUUGUGUUACAAAAAUGGCGGAGGCGCUUUCCUCCUACCCUAUGGCAUUAUGCUUGUUGUCGGGGGCAUUCCAUUAUUUUACAUGGAGUUGGCGUUAGGACAGCACAUUCGUAAGGGGGCAAUUACUUGUUGGGGUCAAGUUGUGCCGAUAUUUAAAGGAAUUGGUUAUGCCGUUGUUCUUAUAGCGUUUUACGUUGAUUUCUAUUAUAAUGUGAUAAUCGCAUGGUCUUUGAGGUUUUUCUUCGCUUCAUUUGCCGAAAAGUUACCAUGGACGAGUUGCAAUAACUAUUGGAAUACCGAAUAUUGUCGCCCUUUCGAAUUUUGUACGAACAAUUGCUCAAGUUACAUCACUCAAGUGAAUGCCGUGACGAAUAAAACUGAAAAUGUCUCGAUAUCGACGGCAUCUGCGGAGUACUUUAAUAAUUACAUCUUGGAAUUGGAUAAAAGUAAGGGAAUUCACGAUUUGGGCGAUUUGAAAAUUGACAUGGUCCUUUGUUUGCUUCUCGUUUACAUAAUUUGUUACUUUUCGCUAUGGAAGGGCAUUGGAACGUCAGGGAAAGUUGUUUGGUUUACAGCCUUAUUUCCAUAUGCAGUUCUCAUAAUCUUACUUUUUCGCGGAAUCACGUUGCCAGGAAGCGCUGAAGGAAUCAUGUACUAUCUAAAGCCCGAUUUUAAUGCAAUUUACAAGCCAGAAGUUUGGGUUGAUGCUGCCACGCAAGUUUUUUACUCAUUAGGUCCUGGAUUUGGAGUUUUGCUUGCUUACGCUUCCUAUAAUAAGUAUCAUAAUAACGUCUAUAAAGACGCUCUUCUUACGAGUUUAAUCAACUCAGCAACAAGUUUCGUAGCGGGUUUUGUAAUAUUUUCCGUGUUAGGUUACAUGGCAUACAGUUCGGGACAAAAAAUCGAAGAUGUAGCAACAGAAGGUCCGGGACUCGUUUUUAUAGUGUAUCCAGCAGCUAUUGCAACAAUGCCAGGAAGUACCUUUUGGGCCUUAAUAUUUUUCAUGAUGCUUUUAACAUUAGGUCUUGAUAGUUCUUUUGGAGGUUCUGAAGCUAUAAUAACAGCUCUCAGCGACGAAUUUCCCAAAAUUGGUCGAAAUCGAGAAGUUUUCGUUGGUUGUCUCUUCACAAUUUACUUUAUUGUUGGAUUAGCGAGUUGCACCCAAGGCGGAUUUUACUUCUUUAAUCUGCUUGAUCGAUAUGCUGCGGGAUAUUCAAUUUUGAUUGCUGUGUUAUUUGAAACAAUCGCUAUUUCAUGGAUUUAUGGUACAAAACGCUUCUGUGACGACAUCCGUGAUAUGGUUGGCUUCACUCCCGGGAUCUAUUGGAGAUUCUGUUGGAAAUUUGUCGCUCCUGUCUUCCUUGUUUUCAUCAUCGUAUACGGUCUCAUUGGAUAUGAGCCUCUAACUAUCGGCAAAUACGAAUAUCCUUAUUGGGCGAACGUUCUCGGAUGGUGCAUCGCUUUAUCCAGCAUGCUAAUGAUCCCGUUAGUAGCAAUUUUUAAGCUUUGCACCACACGAGGAUCUCUCUCGAAACGCCUGAUAACCCUUACAACGCCCUAUUGUGAUCGACAUUCAACGCUCGCGAAUGGAACAACAACGACAAAUGCCGCAAUCGCUUCUUCCGCAGCAGCUGCAAGCAAAAUUCAGCUAACGAGCGACGCCAAAAAGGCAGUUGAAGUUUGAGUUGCAACCAAAUUCCAAAUUUACUAUGUAUGAUAUGACGCGUGGAAAAAAAUUUAUUUGAUCUGUAUUUAGCAGAAGCUUGUAUCAAGCUUCAAAUUUUAUCAAUUUUUUUUUCGUAUGAGUGAAAAUUCAUUA